AAAAAAAUAUGAAUGACUUUUAUGACACUGCAACAUACAAUCUAGGCUCCAACAGCCUACAUUAGUGACCAUAUGAAGUCGCUGAAAUGGACAUCUCUCACGUGCUUGCCUGAAAAAGUGCGAGUCUCGCCGUGGUAACCAGGGCAACAAGACGCCCCUAACAACCCAAGCUAUGGCCUCGCUAACAGCCAAGGAAAUGCAAAAGAUUGCAAGAGCAGAGAAACGAGAAGGUAUACGCCGCCUGAGUGAACAUUUCCAGUGGAAUGAGUUUGUGGGAGACAACCAGCGGCAGCUCCUGCACCAGGAGUUUGUCUACGAGAUGGUGAUGUUUGCAGUGAAUCGUGGAUUCCAUUGGACAGCCACAUCUGAAGUUGCCAAAAUGUCAAAGGAACUACUACCAAAUCUAAAAGGUUUGGGGAGAGACCAAUCUAUUGCGCUGAUUGCAGAGAGAGUCUCGCAGUGUCUUCCUAGCCUCCCCGAAGUCCACCGUGUCACCAUGUUAAAUUUCAUUGCACAGACCUAUGUGCACCACCAACAGCUCUACCAGGCCUUCUUGAGCCUGCCUGUACCAAAGAACCCCGUGGGCCAGCUGGAAGUGGAAGUACCCCCUAUGCCCCUGGAGCUACGGGAGGGCAUGGACAUCAAAGAGUGGGAAACUCAGAGGGCAGUGAGAAGGCUUGCCUCGGCAGAGGAGGAGAAGUUGGCUGAGAUUCACCAGCUGAGGGAGUGGGCAGGACCUCUACAGCAGCAGCAGCUCGAGGCAAUGCUGGAGGAUUUGGGCAUGUUGCUGGAGGGCAGCCGAGGAAAACAGGAAGUGGAGAAGAUAAUCCGUGACUUCCUGCAAGCUCAAGGGGAGAAGAUGAUGGAUACCAUGAAAAAAGAAGCUGCUCUCAUUCAAGACCUUUUAGAACUGAAAAUACAAGCGAAAGCCAUUGCUUGAUCAGACGCUGGUGUCCAAAAACCUGACUGACUGUCUUUCACUCGAAUAAAGCUGUUUCCAAUAUUUUUUCGGACUUUGUAUCGAAUCAAAACGGUAUGACCUGGAUUAAGGGGAGAUUGAAAAACCCCAAAUCCCUCCAGAAAGUAGUGUUUACAGUCUACGGCACUGUAAAACACACCUCUGCAGUUCCCAACAAAGCAAAGGCCAGACGAACAUUAAAGGGCUGAGUGACCUUUUAGAGGCGUCUAAACCUUCAACUAGAAUCCUGCAGGUUGGCUCAGUUCUACUGUUUAAAAAUAGAGUCUGCCUGCCUUUUGAUGAAGCAGUUCUACAGCACUGUUCACAGACUUCCCUGAUGUGCAGUGGUCUUGACUCACUCCUGCCUCAGGCCAGAGAAGAUGGCUAAUGGCUGAACACUUGGUGUUGCUCGGCUGGUGUAAAUAUGUUGUCAGACUUCCUCAGGUACAGAGCCUCGGGUUACACAGGUGUCUUACCUGACCCUACCUUUAAAUAGCUUUAUAUCAAAGGGGGCUAUGCAACUGUAGUUCUGUACAAAAUAUAAACAGCAUUGUUGGGGUAGGCAGCAUCAAUAUAACAUAACGCAUCAGUAUGUCAAAGGGGAAUGCAGUGAAAAUGAAUAGCCAAAGUCUAAUGAAAAACUUGCAUAUGACAGAAAUCUUUCCAAGGUUCAAAAGGCUUUUCUUGUAUCAUAAACUCAGAAGUAACAACUGUUGAAAAGGGCUUUUCAGUAUUGCAAGUGCAGUAGUUCUUUUGUA